AUGUCCUCUGGCGCUAUCAACAGUGCAACGCUAGCUUUGGCGAGAGAUCAUUCUCUGGACGGUGUCCGAUUCGUCACAGUUGCGCCAGGCAUUUUUCGUACUCGUGUUAUUACUUCGAAUAUGACUGAACUGAAUUUGGAAGUUUAUGAAAAAUUGGUUCAGCUUCCAACUCGAUUGGGCUCCCCGGAAGAAUUUGCAGCGCUUGUGCUACAUAUCAUCGAGAAUCGUUAUCUUAAUGGUGAAAUCAUUCGGCUUGACGGUGCUCUCAGGAUUCCACCCUGA